GCCCCACGUGUGACGAUUCCGUUCCCGGCUCAGUCAGUAAUAUUCUCAUAGCGGGGCUUUGCAUAGCUUCUGCCGUGUCUGUGUGUGUCUGUUACUGUAGUUACUGCCUAUAGUUUGGUUAGAUAUGGAAGGAGACGGGAGUCAAGCCACAUCUGGAAGCCCAAAUGAUUCACAACAUGACCCGGGUAAAAUGUUUAUCGGUGGGCUCAGCUGGCAGACUUCGCCAGACAGUCUUAGAGACUAUUUUAGCAAAUUCGGAGAGAUUAGAGAAUGUAUGGUGAUGAGAGACCCCACGACAAAACGUUCCAGAGGGUUUGGGUUCGUUACAUUUGCAGACGCGACCAGUGUAGAUAAGGUCUUAGCUCAACCACACCACGAAUUAGAUUCAAAGACGGAUGAAGGAGCUAUGUGCUGAAACAGACUGUUGAUAGUCAGUUGAUCUCAGACCGUUGAUGCGAAACACCGCUAUCCUCGGGGGUGAACCUGCUGUGGGAUGACUCCUCCCCCCUGUCCCUUCUGACUCCUCCCCCUGUCCCUUCUGACUCCUCCCCCUGUCCCUUCUCAUGUGAUGGUGCCACAUGUGCACACACACACAUACUGUACUAACAUACUGUCAGACAUGUUCCCUUCACACGGCGAGCUAAUACACAUCCCUCUAACCAGAGACCGACAACAUUCUAGUGGAUUGCAUUACCACUAUGUGUGGUGUGUGUGUGGUAGCAAAGAUAUAUGAACUAAUUAAAAGUUGUCUGAAAUGCAUUGUUAUGUAAAACCAUUACUUGACAGUGAAGAUUACAAUAGGAAAAUCAUGUGGCUUUUAUUUGCGAAUAUUACAAUUUAUACAUCUAAACACUUAUAAUGUAGCUUUUUCAUAAUUGCUACGUAUCUACAAACCUCAAUGUGGUUCUUUUAUUAGAAUAUUAUGAAUCAUCACAACCUUUUCAAUCACUGAUUUGUCCUCAUCCAUUCAUUCAUCAACACAAUAGUACCAUUUUAUCCUUCCACUGGAAACAUUUAACUAUUGUGUUGUUCUCCAGUUCUUUCAAAUCUGGCGCUAGAUGAAUAAUUAAACAUGUCAGUAAUUUCAGAGGAGCUGUCUGUGUAGUGUUGAAUAAGACAGUGUUCAGCUGAAAUCAUAUUUGUCUGAAAUGUAUCCUCUGUGGGUGGUGAUACCAGCCACACUCUCACGGCUCACUGCAAACGGAACAGAAGACAAGGAAAUAAACACUUUGUUUUACAGCAAAGGAAAAAAUAAUUG